ACAUUUAUCUGGCAACAGUGCGUGUAAGUCGGUUUGACAACGUCGUAGCACAUUCUCACAAGUUAGCGCGUUUGAUGGCACCAAAACAUUGCGAAUUUCGAUUUUUUUUAAGAAGUAAAUACGUAUAUGGCGUGUUUUUUGUUGUUGUAAAAAGUUGUGCGUAGUUUUUGUGAAAAAUGUCGGAAAAUUUGGAUAUGGAAAUGGAUGAAUCUCCCGUGCAAGUGCCCCCAGAGGUGUCCCUCAACGAAAACGUCUCUGUUGAAUGCAACGAAGAGACAAUCAAGAACUUACUAAUGCAUGUGGCUAACAAUGAAUAUGAUCCUUCCACAGAAUCCGAACAAAGCUACAACUACCUUAAACACUCAAUUGAGCUGCUUAAACUCGAUUAUCAACUCAUGCUUUUGAAUAACAAACAUGGAAAUUUGUGUCCAAGUUAUCCGAGCCAUUUGCCCAUAUUCCAACACGAUCUUAACUCUGUUACCAAUGAGACUAUAUCGGAGAAUGUUUUUGAUGCAGAUUAUCUAUACCAAUUAAUUUUAAAGGCCAACAAAGCUCGUUGCCGCAAACGCUUCGUCGUUCCAGCCAUUCUCUACAAAAACAAAUACGUGUGUCGUUCGGCAACGUUAUCGUGCGGUUGCGAGGUGUACGGUCGCAAAGGGAUCGAUUAUCUGGUGAACAUUGUGACGGGCGGCGGUCCUUCUGCCCCUUCGUCAUCCUCUUCGCUGUGCACAUCGAUGUGCUGCGAUAACGAGCAUCAGCGCCCCCAAGCUAACGCGGCGGACUCGCUCGAAACUAAACAACCGGAAGAGGAGGAGAGAAGGUUCUGGGAGUACCACCAAUUGCUCCGGCAUUCGGAUAUCAAGUUGCUGAAGAAGUUUUCAGUGGGUAGUAUCGUCGAUCUGAUGGUCGAAAAUAGGAAGACCACUUUGGGAAUAAGCGUCACGUCUUCGGAAAAAGUGGACAAGGAGAAGCGCUACCUCGAUUUCAACCUGAUCUCUCUGCCGUACCCGGGUUGCGAGCAUUUUCAAAAAUUUCAAGCCAACAAUUACGAAGCCGAAGGCCUCAAAUUCGAUUGGGAUCCUUCGGUGUGCGAUGCCAAAAUAAACGUACCUGAAGUUCCAUCUUUGGAGAACUUGAAAAUAAAUUGGGACAACUUCAAGGAGUGGGAGUUGGUGACCCUCACUCAAAAUUAUCUCAGAUACAUGCUCAAAUAUUUACAGGACAACUCAUGCGGAAUGUUGGUGCACUGCAUCAGCGGUUGGGAUCGAACUCCGCUGUUCAUUUCAUUGAUGCGGCUCAGUCUCUGGGCCGACGGUUUGGUCCAUCAACAUUUGGACGAGUAUCAAAUUUUGUACCUUUGCAUCGCCUACGAUUGGUUCGCAUUUUCGCACAAGUUCAAGCAACGCGUCGAUCGUAACGAGGAGAUUUUCUUUUUCUGCUUCUACAUGCUCAAGUAUAUACAAGACGACGAUUUUAGUAUUUCUCAGGCGAGGCAUAAGUUGAAAAAGCCAGAAGGACGACCUCUAGUCGAGAGAAUCGACAGUCAGACUGAUAUUAUGUUUGAUGGGGAAUAUUUCGGAAACAGCAAUAGCAGCCAGGAUUUUCAGAAUAAUUUCAACUAUGAGGAAAAUAAUGGAAACCCUCAAUCGGCAUUCACGAAUUUGGACAUCCAAGAUAACACUAGCAACUCGGCCUCGCCUCAGCCGCCAAAACGUACGUCGCCGGUUCAAGUCCCGAAAGCGAAACGCACCGAAACCGCUAGCAGCAUCAACAGCAACGGAAGCAGCAGCAACGGCUGGCAAAUCGUCACCGGAACCGGAAGCCUUCAAGGUUCCAACUCGCAGGAGGACCGCUGGUUCGACCCGCCCUCCCCCUCGCCCACAUGCACUCCGCCAUGUCGCAGCGAGAGGCUCGGUAAAGUACGCGAAAUUUUCUACAAGUGCUACCACAACACAAUCGGUAAAAACACUGUGGAUUACACCGAGAAUCGCUCUUUCGUUCCAGGAAUCCUCAGGAAUUUAUACUCAGGAGGUCAAUCUCAAUAAGACUGAUUAUAUUUAUAUUCAAUAAACCCGCAAUGUUUUUUCCAAGCCUUUAUGUGCCAAAAAAUAAACACGGCCGAAAGAACCAGUGUGGUUUUUUAUAGUCAAUCGUUUUUAGUUUAGUGUACAUUUUUGUUAAAUUUUUGUUGCACGGUUAAACCUUUAAUUCUGCCAAAGUGUAUCUCAAGCGGCGCACCUUUAAGAUUCAUAAAACUGUUACUGCCAUAUGAAAUGACUAUUUUUCUAUUAUCAGCAAGUUUUAUAAUAUGUCAAAAUACUACUAAUUGGAUUUUAAUAUUAGUGGUUGGUUUUUACUACAGUAUUUUUAACAUUUUUUUUUGGUCGACUUGCUAAAUUUAUAGUGCAAUAUUAAGCAAUAAACGGACAUAUUUAUUUAUGGUUAAAAUUAUCUAUAUCCUGGAUUUUAAUAAAUAACAAUUUUUAAAAUCCUUGAUAAGGGUAAGUGAUAAUAACCUUAAAAGGUUCAUGCUUUAAAUCCUUGUGAUUUUUUAAAAUAGCGUUAUAGUAUUUUUAUAUUGUUUUGUUGAUUUCUGCAAAUAACUUAAUAAUUCCAAAUCGCAAAUUUUUCAGCAUUUAAUUCGUACUUUAAACAGAUCUAAUUAAAUCUGAGGUUAUUUUUUUAAAUGUGUUUUGAUUUAGAUUUUAAUUGUUAUAUGUUAAAAUUGAUACGAG